AAAUCGAAGUUGUCUUUCCCUUCCUCUGCAAACACAUAUGUCCAUUUGUACUUAAAAAUCUCCUUCUCAUACACUCCCUCAGACAAAAUUCCAGUACUCGUACCUAAUAAAGUAUGUCUGUAGUUCCUUAUCAAGAUCUUCUGUUUUAUAACAUAUACAUCUCACUGUAUCUCCUUCUCAACUCUUUGGCUGUAUCUUUUUUGCUUGCAGUGACUUGAAUUUGGAAAGAGAUCAAGCUUCUCAAUCAAUGUCACACUUGUGUCAACUUCAAUCUCUAACCUAAUCCUUCUAGCCCUUUGUAUUGGCAGCAGUCAUAAUUGAUUCUGCGCAAUGUUUCUCUCAAACGACAGUACCAAUGACCUCAUAUCCUUAGGUGAACAACCAAUUCUUCAGCAUCCCAUCUUCCCUGACAUUAGCUUUGAUUUCAAACAAGAAGACCCUCCUUUCUGUCUCUACAGCUUCCCCCCUCCUUCCAUCUUCAACGAUGAUGAAAACGAGGAUGGUACUUUUCUUCAAAUUCACCACAAUCUCUUGUUACAAGGGCAGCAACCAGUGAACACUCUUCUCCAAAUGACCGAUCCCAUGACCGUUUUCGCUGGUGAUUCGAUCGGAUACAGCACCGGAGUAAAACCCGAAGCGACUGCUAAGCGGGUUGUUCCGAGAGAGAGGUCCUCAAAGAAAGAUCGGCACAGCAAGAUUAACACCGCCCGAGGCAUGAGAGACCGGAGGAUGAGGUUGUCCCGUGAAGUCGCUCACGAAUUCUUCAAUCUUCAAGACAUGCUCGGCGUCGACAAGGCUAGCAAAACUAUCAAGUGGUUGCUAGUGAAGUCGACAACUGCCAUUGAAGAAUUAGUUGGAGGCCUUAAGAAGACGAACAACGGCGAAAGCAUCCCUAUUGCGAGUGUUCGUUCCACAUCGGACCGUGAAGUGAUGCCUGAAAUAGGCAAAAUCGCUAAGGAUAAUCAAAAGGAGACAAUUGAAAAAAAGAGAAAGAUCAAACAAUCUCGAAAGUCUGUGUUUUGCCCUACGGCAAGAGAGUCAAGGGCAAAGGCGAGGGAAAGAGCAAAGCAAAGAACAAGGGAGAAGAUGAAGCUCCAAAGACUCAAUGGAGGGAAUCGACCUUGCGACGAAUUGACAGAGAAUGAUGUGAACGACCGACUACCAUCCAAUUGUUCCAUUGGAACUAGCGAAGACUCUGGAAAUCGAGGGAGCGGCGUCGAAGUUACUAAUAUGAAUGUGCAAGUUCAAUUUGAAGGAGAAAGUUCUUAUGAUCGGAAGAGGCAUUGUUCUGAAACAAAUGAGACAAUGGCCGAUAAUUCAUCUGAAAUUCACAACUUCAACCAUCCUCAAAGCAACCGAGUAGAGCAUCAGUUCACUGAAUUUGAAUUGUUUUGCAAGCCAUGGGAAGCCUACACCGACCAAUAUAUGCGCUAAAUUGGACAAUUUCCAAGCACUUCUCUCCAUGUCCAGAAGGGGAAAUUUUUUCAGGGUUCAGCCUACCCCAACCAAUAUAUUGCAUCCGUUUCUGUCUGGAUUUAUUUGGAAUGUUGCUGUAACUGUAAAGAGACCAAACUUGCGUGAUUUUGUGGUAAAUUGUCUUUCUAGUCGUAGAUAUGGUGAUGUUUUAGAAGGGAUGAUGGGAAGAAGAUAGAUUACAUUCUGUUAAGCUGCUUCAAGAAAACUCAAUUUCUAUGCUAUUUCCAAGCUUGUGGACC